CUCCCCAACCUUUCCAACACGAGAGUUCGAUCCAACACUACUUUUUUACGCAAAAAGAGAUCCACACCACCACGAUUAGUUUGAAUAUUUGGUAAUACUAUAUAAUAUAACAUGAAGGUUUGGUCUUUGGACUGAGAUCUCGGAGAAGAGUCCCAUUGGAGAUCUCAAAGGCCAUAAAAUUUUUCACCAACCCGAUCAAGCCACUCAACCAGACACCAGAGAGCAGGAAAGAAAACCCAAUAACCGACUCUGGUGCUUCCUGGCUCUUUGUUGUUUAUAAAUCUCCACCAGACAUAGUUUAUGUAUUGAUCCUUCUUUGUGAUCGAGUUCUCUUAGAUCGUGGCAGGGCUUUAGGUCAAAACCAAGGCUUUUGAAAAUCCUUUUAAAAGUCAUAAUAAAGAUACCCAGAAAGCCUAUUUGGAAUCCUUUACGCCAUGAUUUGCUCCGUGAAACAAUCUGUCACAACGACGAUCAAUGGGUCCGAUUUGUUUCUUCGGAAGAGGUCUCCAGCACACCCGAUUCAGCGAUCCUCGCUGUUUUUGCCGGUUCUGGGGGAAACGCAGAGAUUCUCUUUAUCGGUUUCGAAGCCUCUGCAUUUAUCUUCGGCUGAGAAUCUGAGUUUGAAAGCUAGGAGGGAUCCGAUCAAAUGCGAGGCUUACGAUGCGGCGGACAGCUCGAAGCCGGUGGAGCCAGUGGCGCCGGAGGCAGUGAAUAAGGUGAAGAUCGGACUGUAUUUCGCAACGUGGUGGGCUUUGAACGUGGUGUUCAAUAUCUACAACAAGAAGGUUUUGAAUGCGUACCCGUACCCGUGGCUGACUUCGACGCUCUCGCUUGCUUGUGGUUCUCUCAUGAUGCUGAUCUCUUGGGCCACUAGAAUAGCCGAGGCACCCAAGACCGAUUUGGAGUUCUGGAAGACUUUGUUUCCGGUUGCUGUGGCGCAUACAAUUGGUCAUGUUGCGGCAACUGUGAGUAUGUCAAAGGUUGCAGUUUCAUUCACCCACAUCAUCAAGAGUGGUGAGCCUGCUUUCAGUGUAUUGGUUUCGAGAUUCCUGUUGGGUGAGAGCUUCCCAGUGCCGGUUUACCUGUCACUCAUUCCAAUUAUUGGCGGCUGUGCUCUUGCUGCUGUAACUGAGCUCAACUUCAACAUGAUUGGUUUUAUGGGGGCCAUGAUAUCAAACUUGGCAUUUGUCUUCCGAAACAUAUUCUCAAAGAGAGGCAUGAAGGGAAAGUCCGUUAGUGGAAUGAACUAUUAUGCUUGUCUUUCUAUGUUAUCCCUUUUAAUUCUCACACCAUUUGCCAUUGCUGUGGAGGGACCACAGAUGUGGGCAGCUGGUUGGCAAACAGCUAUGUCUCAAAUUGGACCGCAAUUCGUAUGGUGGUUGGCAGCACAGAGCGUGUUCUAUCAUCUCUAUAACCAGGUCUCAUACAUGUCCCUGGACGAGAUCUCUCCCUUGACAUUCAGCAUUGGAAACACCAUGAAACGUAUAUCUGUCAUAGUCUCCUCAAUCAUCAUUUUCCACACACCAGUCCAGCCCGUCAAUGCUCUUGGAGCUGCAAUCGCAGUUCUUGGAACCUUCUUGUAUUCCCAGGCAAAGCAGUAAGAGGUAUUGGGUUCUCAAAUUUAGAUUUUCAUCAUGUGGCAUAAAAUGAUGGAAGAGAGUGGCUAUCAAGAUUUGCUUCUUGGCCGCAGGGGGCAUUGACAAGAGCUGCUUUCAGAAUUCAUGAGUAGCACUGUUUGUUUGUUUGUUUUUUUUUUUUUUGUGUCUUUUUGAACUUACCGUUUGUCAUGUUGUAGAUGAUAAUUAUUAGUUUUGGAGACAGUAUUAUUGCCAUAAGGGUAAAGUAAUAGCGGCUUUUUAGGAGAGUUUUAGAAUAAAACAAGGACAAUUCCUCAAGUCCUUGACCGUUUUGGAAAAACAAGCAAUUUCAAUUUGCAGUUGCACUAAAAUUUGUUGGUA